UCAAACUCCAUAGAAAACUCGCGUCCAGCGAAGUUCAGCCCCAACCAUGGCUUCUUCCUCCUCCCGCGCCAAAGUCCAGACACGCAUCGUCCUCCAAGCGGCCUACGAUGGCGACCUCCGCAUCCUCAAGAAAAUGGCCAAACAAAUGGACUUGGGGGUAGCCGAGGACGAUGAAGGGGCUAACGCGCUGCAUCUCGCUGCACACGGUGGAUGCCUGGAAUGCUGCAAGUUCCUGGUAGAGGAAGCAUGGAUUGAUGUCAAUUCAACGACCACGAAAGGCACGACACCCUUGGUUUGCGCUGUGUUCGACGGGAAUAUCGAGGUUAUGAAGUACCUUCUCGAUCGUGGCGGCAACCCGAGAAAGAAGACUCCCGGAGGCUUAACUCUGCUGCACGCUGCAGCCGCGAAAGGGCUAUGCGAACCUUUGAAACUAUUGCUAUCCGAAGGAAAUCCUGCGGAUAUUAUGCUUGAGGAUCAUGGCGGGACACCAUUGCAUGCGGCUGCUUCGGGUGGACACGAUGAGGCUAUGAAGAUUCUACUGGAGCAUGGUGCUGAUCCGAACAGACUUAUGGGUCAUAACAUAACUCCACUCAUGCUGGCAUGCUGUCGCAACUCCCUCAAAUGCAUGAAGCUACUGAUUGAGGCUGGUGCUGAUGUCAACGGUUCUUAUUGCGGGCCAACUAGUUUAACGCAAGCAGUGAAAAAUGGCUUCACUGAUAUUGUCAAGUUCUUGCUGGAGGCUGGAGCUGAUCCUAAUGAUCCUGGCGAGGAUGGAGAAAUUCCAAUCCAGUUAGCAGCAAAGCGUGGUGAUCGUGGUCUUGUUGAAGUUUUGUUUUCCAAGACAAAUCCAGUUCCAUCCCUACCAUAUUGGAGUGUUGAUGGAAUAAUUAGAAUGAUGAAAUCUCCACUUAUCAGGCGCCAGGAUGAAGUUCCUGUGGGAGCAAGAGCAACUGAUUUUAAGUCAUGGGCGAAGGAAGCGUUCAGAAAGAAAGACUACCAUGCUGCUCUAUAUUUCUUCGGACGGGACUAUUAUUUAGUGAAUUGUGAUUUUCCUAUACCAGAAGAGAUGCUAUGA